UAUUUGACUACUACCCAAUAUCUGUCUUUAAAGAAGUUUCAAGUAACAUUAUGAUGGAAAAUAUCAAGACUUUAGACAAAACUGGUGACCAUAAAUGCAAUGAUAAAAAAACGGAAGAAGAAUUUGACGAAAAUAUUAAGAAAGUUCUUGAAACUCAAAAUGAGACACGAUUUUCUAUCAAGCGUUUUACUUUAGCAGAAUUCAAAAGAAAUUAUCUAUUGGAGAAUAAUGCAAGUUACUAUGAAGCCAGACGCGAACAAGUCCAAAACUUCGUUCGAAUACCUCUGGAGUUGGAACAGUUUAUGAUAUUCGGUUUACUGCAGUGCUUGGAUUCUAUAAUUAAUGUGUUCACAUAUUUACCAAUACGUGUGAUUCGCGCAUAUUGUAAAUUAAUAGUAGGAUUUUUCAUUACUUAUUGGUUUCGUGACCGGACACAACGCAUACUCACGUAUUCCGAAUAUUACGAAUUGAUCAAAUACUCCUACUUCCUCAUUUGCUGCUUGAUAGUAAUAUGUGUAGACACUAACUAUUUGUAUCAUAUAAUCAAGACGCAAUCAAUGUUUAAGUUGUAUAUUUUCUACAAUAUGUUAGAAAUUGGUGAACGGGUGCUAUCCAUAUACGCGCAAUAUCCCUUAGAUGCGUUCUAUUACACAGUAACACAAACUAACGAUUCUAGAAGCAGGUCUUGGGUGUUAUACAAUUUGCUUCCGAUUAUAUAUAUGAUAAUGCAUUGCACAUUUGUCACGGUUCAAGCAACUACAAUAAGUGUAGCUGUAAACUCCAGCCAGCAGGAGUUGCUUAUGAUUAUGAUGUCAAAUAAUUUCAAUAAACUGAAACGUUCGCUAUUCAAAAAAUAUAGUAAAGCCGGAAUGCAGCAUUUGACCUGUGCUGAUAUACGGGAUCGCUUUCAUCUAACCACACUUAUUUUGAUAACGUUCGGCAUCACCAUGAAAGAAUUAAAUUGGGAUUUCGAUAACUUUUGCCUUAUAAUGCGGGACUGUUCGAUUGUUGUCAUCGCUGGCUUAUUUCUUGAUUGGUUAAAGCAUGCGUUUAUCAAUUGCUUUAAUGGACUUUCAAACAAAAUUUACAAAGACUUUAUGUUUGACUUGGCUAAGGAUAUUUCUAUAAGUAAAAAUGAAAAUGCGUACUCAGACCAUUCGGACAUAGUGGCUCGGUAUUUGGGUUUCACACCCUUUCCGUUGGCUGUGAUGCUUGUCAAAGCAAUUUACAUCACUAUUUCUUUUAGAAGUCGUUCAAACAUAAUUUUCUUCCUGUUGCUUUUUAUUUUAAUGGCGUUAACACGUAUUUUCAUAAUAAUUUAUACACUUGCUAAAUCAAAUGAGGUGUUAAAAAGUUAUAAAAUGCAACAAAAACAAAUGUAAAUAUUGUUCUUAACAGAUACUGGGCUUAUUCUUUUAAUGAAAUUUAUGC